UUAGCCCCCGUGCUCUGCAGCUCCUGGCAACGGCAGGAGGAGGCUGGGGCAGGCCCAGGGUGUCUCGUGCUCCUGUGGGAUGUGUGACCUCAUCCCUCUGCUCUGCGGCUGCUGCUUUGGGCACCGGCCCUGGCCAUGUGUCCUGCCAUCCUCCCUGGUGUCACAGAGUGUCCUCAUCCAGGGGGUGACACGAUGGCCUUGGAGGCCUUUCCCAGCCUCAGUGAUCCCAUGGGAUCUGGUACCAUAGUGAAACCAGGGCUGCCCUUGAGGCCUGUGGUGCCCAUGCUGUGACUAGAGCUCCCUGUGUGCAGCCACUGCCAUGUCCUUGAUGUGUGGUGAGCCUGUGUCCCCCAGGGCAAGGCUUUGGUGGCUGCCCUGUCCCGCAGCAGCCCUGGCCCUGAGUCAGGGGCUCAGGUGCCCAGGGGGUGUGUCUGGAGGUGGCAGUGCCCAGCUCAGCCCGUGGUGCUGCCGUGCAGGGGUUGCUCUCCCAGGGACACAGCGCUGCCUUUGGUGCAGGGGGUUCAUCAGGAGAGGGAGCCCAGCCCGUGUGUCCGGGGCUCACCCAGCCCUGGCAGGGACACGGGGCUGUGUCUGGGCUCCCCGGGUCCCUGGCAGCGGGGCUGAGCUGUCUCCUGUCUCUGCUUGCAGCUGGGGGUGAUGCCAUGGCCGCUGCCAGCUCCAGCAGGGCCAGGGCCGGGCCGCCCUGCGAGAAGUCCCCGCUGUCCGUGAAAGUUGUGUCUGUGAAGCCCAAGGCCCAGAGCCGCCCGGCACGCAUGAACUGCUACGUGGAGGUGGCCGGUGACGGGCUGCCCAGCGAGACCAAGAAGACGGGGAAGCAGAUGGGGGUCUCAGAGCUGCUGUGGAACGAGAUCCUCACCCUGAAUGUCACGGCUCAGAGCCACUUGGAGCUGAAGGUGUGGAUCUGCCACACGCUGAGGAACGAGCUGCUGGGCGCCGCCUCCGUCAGCCUCGGCAGCCUGCUCAAGGGCGGCGGCAAACUGGAGAACAGGCAGCUGACCCUGGACCUGCAGACGGAGAACAAAGGCAGCGUUGUGUCGGGCGGAGAGCUGACGGUGUUCCUGGACGGGCCGGCUGUUGCUCUGGGCAGCGUUCCCGUUGUUCCCGACGGCAGUGCGGGCUCCGAGGGGUCCCAGGUGCCUGGACGGGACCCCAGCAGCACAGCUGUGGCCACGGAGGGCCGGCACCAAGCUCCCAGCACCAACUGCUUUGGCAGCAGACCAAGGACGCACCGACAUGCGGCCGGAGCAGCGCGGGGAAACGCGGGCAGCGGAGAGCAAAGUCCCAGUGCCAGGAGCCGGCACCGGCAGCAGCCCAAGAGCUCGCAGCACACCAGCACAGCCACCAGCAUGGCCAACGGCGUGGCCAACGGCGUGGCCAAUGGCACGGCCACCAGCAUGGCCAACGGCGUGGCCAACGGCACGGCCACCAGCACGGCCAGCGGCACGGCCACCAGCAUGGCCAAUGGCACAGUGAACGGGGACGCCGUGGCUGCCGUGGACAUGGAUGAGGACAGGCCGGCAGCAGGGCCCAGCGUUCCCAGCCCGGCGGCGCCUGGCACGGCCGAGGGCUCCCCUGCUCCUGCCCCUCCUGCCCUCAGCGGCUCCAGGGAGGCAGAGGAGGCGGCCUCGGGCUCCAGCGCCCCCCCGGCCCGGGCAGCCGUGCUCGCCCUGGAUGCUCUGCCCCCCGGGUGGGAGCAGCGGGAGCUGCCGAAUGGGAGAGUCUACUAUGUAGACCACAACAACAAGACCACGACGUGGGAGAGACCCCUUCCUCCAGGGUGGGAGAAGCGUGUGGAUCCUCGGGGCAGGUACUACUACGUGGACCACAACACCCGCACCACCACAUGGCAGCGCCCCACGGCCGAGUACGUCCGCAACUACGAGCAGUGGCAGUCGCAGCGCAACCAGCUGCAAGGGGCCAUGCAGCACUUCAGCCAGAGGUUCCUGUACCAGUCCUCCGGAGCCCCGUCCGACAAUGAUCCUCUGGGGCCCCUUCCUCCCGGCUGGGAGAAGAGACAGGACAAUGGGCGAGUGUAUUACGUGAACCACAACACCCGGACCACGCAGUGGGAAGACCCUCGCACGCAGGGGAUGAUCCAGGAGCCGCCGCUGCCGCCGGGCUGGGAGAUGAAGUACACGAACGAGAGCGUGCGCUACUUCGUGGACCACAACACCCGCACCACCACCUUCAAGGACCCGCGCCCAGGCUUCGAGUCGGGGAGCAAGCACGGCGGCUCCCCGGGCGCCUACGACCGGAGCUUUCGCUGGAAGUACCACCAGUUCCGCUUCCUCUGCCACUCAAACGCGCUGCCCAGCCACGUGAAGAUCAGCGUGUCUCGGCAGACGCUCUUCGAGGACUCCUUCCAGCAGAUCAUGAACAUGAAGCCGUACGACCUGCGGCGCCGGCUGUACAUCAUCAUGCGCGGGGAGGAGGGUCUGGACUACGGUGGCAUCGCCAGGGAGUGGUUCUUCCUCCUGUCCCACGAGGUGCUCAACCCCAUGUACUGCCUCUUUGAAUAUGCAGGCAAGAACAACUACUGCCUGCAGAUCAACCCUGCCUCCUCCAUCAACCCCGACCACCUCACCUACUUCCGCUUCAUCGGUCGCUUCAUCGCCAUGGCUCUGUACCACGGGAAGUUCAUCGAUACCGGCUUCACGCUGCCCUUCUACAAACGGAUGCUGAACAAGCGCCCGACGCUGAAGGACCUGGAGUCCAUCGACCCCGAGUUCUACAACUCCAUCGUGUGGACCAAGGAGAACAGCCUGGAGGAGUGCGGCCUGGAGCUGUACUUCAUCCAGGACAUGGAGAUCCUGGGCAAGGUGACCACCCACGAGCUGAAGGAGGGCGGUGAGAGCAUCCGUGUGACGGAGGAGAACAAGGAGGAGUACAUCAUGCUGCUGACGGACUGGAGGUUCACUCGGGGCGUGGAGGAGCAGACCAAGGCGUUCCUGGACGGCUUCAACGAGGUGGUGCCGCUGGAGUGGCUGCGCUACUUCGACGAGAAGGAGCUGGAGCUGAUGCUGUGCGGGAUGCAGGAGAUCGACAUGAACGACUGGCAGAAAAAUACCAUCUACAGGCACUACACCAAGAACAGCAAACAGAUCCAGUGGUUCUGGCAGGUGGUUAAGGAGAUGGACAACGAGAAGAGGAUCCGGCUGCUGCAGUUCGUGACGGGGACCUGCCGCCUGCCCGUUGGGGGCUUUGCUGAGCUCAUCGGCAGCAACGGGCCCCAGAAAUUCUGCAUCGAUAAAGUUGGCAAAGAGACGUGGCUGCCACGGAGUCACACGUGCUUCAACCGCCUGGAUCUCCCUCCCUACAAGAGCUAUGAACAGCUGAAGGAGAAGCUGCUUUACGCCAUCGAGGAGACGGAAGGCUUUGGACAGGAGUGAUGGAGCUGUGGGGCGUUCCCGGAGCGCUGCCGGCCGGUGCCCAGGGCCCAGCCCUGCCCGGGGUGUGCUCCCUAUGGACACUGUGGCUUCUGCUCCUGGGCGAGCUCUGCACUGACACGGCCCCGGGGGAACAGGGCUGUGUUUCCCUCCCUAAGGAAAUCCGAGCUGUGAUGGAGAGGAGGACACGAGGGCUUGGCUUGCACGGGCUGGCGCAGAGGGGCUGGGGGGCAGCACGGGGAGCACCGGGGCUCCCCAGCCCUCUCCACAGACACAGUUACGUGUUUGGUGGAUACUCUUCUUCCCCCUCGUGUUUUCUGCCUUUUCAUGGCAUUUUGGUAGUGGCAGGUGAGGGGGAAAUGACACUCAGAUUGACUUCUGGGCCCCAUCCUGCAGCCAGCAUUCAGCAACAGUGACAGGGACCCCCAAGACGAUGCUUCUGAGGGGCUCUUGUGCUCCAUCUGAGCACCAGGACAGCCCCUUGCUAGGCCAGAUCCGCAGCCACUGGAGCCAGAGCCUGGCGUGUCCCCACGUGCAGCCCGUGGCCCCUGGGCAGUUGUAUUUAAAGGAUGUGGUUUCUGCUCGGAGCUGGUGCUCCACAGCGGCCCCGGGGGCUCCGGGCACUGCCGGGGCCCUGCCGGCCUUUGCUCAGAUCCUGGGCUCUGCCCACGCUCCUGUGUCCCCUCUGCGGCGAGGGCAGGAUCACCUGGCUGUCACUUGUGUCCCUCCCCGUGUGUGCGGGCGACAGACCCGGCGUGUCUGUGUCCGUGUGUCCGGGGGCUGUGGGGACAGGACCCGCAACGGCUCCGGGCGGGGAACGGCCGGUCCCGCACGGCCCCGCGCGGCUUCGUGUGCAAUAAAUGACAAAGCAGCUGCCGAGGUGUGCCUGUGUGCUGGGUCCCUCUGUGUGCCCCGGGUCAGCACAUCCUGGGUCAGUGUGUGUCUCCCAGGGUGGGGUCUGUGCAGGGCUGGGGCCCCAGGGCCAUAAUGGCAUCCAGAGCUCAGCACUGGGAUCACAAAUCCCAUGGAUUUUGUCCCUGCCUGCUCUGUGUCAGGCACCCAGUGCCUCCCCAGGCUCACAGGCUCCUGCAGCCCCUAGGGCUGGCCAGGGGUGACAGGGCCACCAGCACUGUCCCCAGGGAGGCACAGAGGUGUGACAGUAGUGACAACAUCCCAGCUGUGCCACACCCCGAGGGGCUGGGGCACAGAGCCAGUUAAACACGGGGAUGGCUGUGGUGCACAAAAUUGGCCGAUGGCAAAGGAUUAGCCCUGGAACAUGGGAAUAUGCUCAGUGAGAGCAGAGUGUGCGUGAGCUGAGGACUCAACACCCCCAAAGACACACUGGGGGAAGGAGAAGUGCUGUCUAACAGCAUAAUCACAUCAAAAGCCUCCACAUGGCUGCCCCCAACCCUGCCUGGGUGAGGAGGAGCAGAGUGCUGAGCACAUCAUACAAGACCCCAGCACCAGGGAUUUAGUUUACAAGAUUUUUAAUUUACAAAUAAAAAAGCUACACCUUUUA